AUGUAACGAGAGAGACUAAGUAUAAAAAUAAAGUUAUUUUUAUUCUUUGGUGGCCUUCCGUGAGACUGUAUACAACUGUACAUUUUAUAAGGAGAAUGAUGUUUACAUUCUUAUCAAUGUGUCAAAAGACCCACAGCAGGAUCUAUUCGUCAAUCAAUCGUGAAAAGUUCCUGUUACUAGGUGCUGCGAUUAAUAAUUAUGAAAAUGUGCCACUGCGCAGCAAGUCAUUCAAACGUCACCUUGAUUACUCAAAUGUGCCGAAGCUGGAUGAAGCCGACCUCGAGGAACAGUUCAUUCGUGGCUGGGGUCCAGGUGGUCAGGCGACAAACAAGACGAAUAAUGCUGUAAUGUUAAAGCAUAAACCAACAGGCCUCGUUGUUAAGUGUCACGAGACGAGGAGUCUGUUGGAAAACAAGAAACGAGCACGCGAGAUUAUGAUAACGAAGCUUGAUAAUUUGCUGAACAAGGAGCGUUCCAUCGAAGCUCAGAUACGCAUCCUCGAGAAAAAAGGACAAGCUCAAAAAGAAUAUAAAAGAAGAAAGCUAGCAGAGAUGAAAAAAGCCUUUCAAGAACGCGAAGGUUUGACGUAAUGUUAGACUUAUUUUAUGUAAAUUUCCUCCAGGAGGUGUACAUGUAUAAAUUUUAGUUUUAAAAAUAAAUAUAAAAUACACGUA